AGGGGACCCUUUUCGAGUUUAAACAAAGUAUUCUGUUUGUUAGUUCAGAGUAGGUCGCCCUUCCCGGCAUUUUCUGGAUUUUUAAAUAUCCUGAAUUCAAAACCUGUAGGUAGUCUUUUCCUUUCACGCCCAGAUUCUUUUGCUCCCAAACAAAUUGUUUUACAUAAAUUGAUUUGCAAAUCCAUUGCCUUGCUGGUUUUCGUUCUUGAAGCUGACUUUAAUGGACCCAAAGUAGUUCAUCACUUCCCACUACUCUUCUGAAUUCUUUUCUUUAUUUAUUUACAGAGGAAAUACGCUUUUGAACUAGAGUUUGUUUAGAUUUUUGUAUCUCUCUGGUUGAGGACAUUUUGAAAACAAAAAUUACUCAGAAACCGUAUUCUGGGGAAAGCUGCAAACCCUCUUACCCUGUUUGGAAUCGCAAGACACAUUCGCAGAAAUACAUACGGAUUCCGACACUUUAUAUGGGAAUUUGCGUGUUGCAAGAACUCACGCAAGUGUAGCUAACCAGUUGUAUUAAGUUAACAAUGGCGGUUGAUAUGAUGAUGCCCAAUUUAGGAAGAAAGAAAGUGGUUGUGGGAAUUCGAUUCGAUGGGCACGCCACAGAGCUGCUCGAUUGGGCAGUGAAGAAAGUGGCUGCGCCGGGAGACACCGUGGUGGCCAUCCAUGUUUGCCGGAAUUCUGGUAGCGUUUUGGAAGAAAGGGCGUUGCUGGAUGAGCAAUUGGAAAGCCACCAACGUCUCUGUAAGCAAAAACAGAUUGUUCUUAGUGCAGAAGUGGUGAACGGUAAGUCAGUCAGAAAAGCUCUUGUCCGAGAGGCGACGAACUGCUCCGCUUCAGCAGUUGUUUUGGGGAUAACUAAGCAUAGUGCCCUUAUCAGUGGAUUGGCUUCGGUCGCGAAAUAUUGCGUAAAGAGACUUCCUCCGACUACUCAAGUUAUGGCGAUUUACAACGGGAAGGUUGUCUUCAGCAGGUUUUCUAGGCUUGAAUUCAGAGAUGAUGGAUUGGAGCUCGAGGAAUCCGAUGGAAGAGACAGUGUCGCGAGUUCUAGAGAUGACGAUUGUUUAAGUCCUUUCGGAAGACACAAAAAAGGUUCUCUGAGUACAAUUUCAUUCCCUGCCGCAGAAUUUACAAAGCAACGACCUGGUUGGCCUCUGCUUCAAUCGUCAAGUUUAGCCACUCGACCGGUGCAGGAGGCACGAAAGAUGUCAGUCGUGCAGUGGGUAAUGAAGUUGCCACGGCGCUCUGUGUCUGAAGUUUCCGCAUACAGCUGCAAUACAAGAACUUGUCGUCUAGGAGAUGAUCAAGAUUUGGAGCAAAAAUUUACUAGCUGCAGCAAUGUCUUUAGCUAUGAUCUUCUCCAAAUGUGCACUUGCAACUUCUCCUCAGGGCAUCUUAUUGCAAAGGGAGGAUGCAAUUCUGUGUACAAAGGAGUUCUUCCCUACGGUAAACCAGUUGCCGUAAAGGUUCUGGAAUCCACGAGAGAGGCGCGGAAGGAUUUUAUUCGAGAGAUGAACAUUAUGGCCGCGGUGAAGCACAAAAGAAUCGCGCCGUUGCUUGGAAUCUGCACGCAGGAUUAUAAACUGAUAUCGGUUUAUAAGUUCUUGUCGAAAGGAAGCUUGGAAGAGAAUCUACAGAAUAACAUAAAGCGAGAAAAGCGCGAGCUGUCGUGGGAAGUAAGAUUCCGUAUAGCUAUUGGGAUCGCCGAGGCGCUGAAUUACCUACACAACGAAUGUUCCCGGCCCGUCAUUCACAGAGAUGUCAAGUCUUCGAAUAUUUUACUAACCGACGAGUUCGAGCCACAGUUAUGUGACUUUGGAUUGGCGAUGUGGGGACCGACGACAACAUCGAGUAUGAUUGUGAUGGAUAGUGAUGUGGUAGGAACUUUCGGAUAUCUUGCCCCGGAGUAUUUCAUGUAUGGCAAAGUCAGCGACAAGAUCGACGUGUAUGCGUUUGGCGUGGUUCUGCUAGAGUUGUUGUCGGGAAGGAAGCCUAUCGUCAAUGGCACAGAAAAUGCAAAGACUCAACAGAGUUUGAUCAUGUGGGCAAUGCCUAAACUAAAAAAUGGAGACUUAAGAAGCAUAUUAGAUCCAAAUCUGAAUGAAAAUGUCGAUGAAGAUCGAAUGCAAAGAAUGGCUCUAGCGGCGCGGCUAUGUCUCACUCGAGCAGCCCGGCUUCGCCCCAACAUGAGACAGAUACUGCACAUUCUUGUCGAUGGAGUGGAGUGUUGCGACGGGUGGGAAACUGAAGAAGACGACGACAAUGAUAACGAGGAUGAUGAAGUUUAUCCGGAAUCAAGUGCAGAAUCGCAUCUAAGCGUAGUCCUCGGUUUGCUCGAUGACGACGACAAAUCUACGUCGUUUGAUGGCGGGAGCAGCAGCAGCAAUACAGAUCCAAACAGCCCACAUCUUUCCCAUAGACAGUGUGUGGAAGAGUUUAUGAUGAAGAAGAGAUGGAGCAGAUGAUCAAGUGUAUGUGUAUGUGUAUCUGGAGUAGUAUUGUCAGGUCUCUGUAUUGUAAACACUGUUGCAUCAAAAGGCCAAAUUUGAAUCAAGAAAAUGAUCAUUGACAAUAAAGCAUCGAAUGGGCUCAGUAGAACAUGAUCAACAAGUAGUCCACUAGGCCCAUAUAAUGAUGUACUGCUCCCUUUCUAUUAGAUUCCCAAUGUCGUCAGUGCGUCACACAAGUCGCAUUAGCAAAUUUUAAAAACACGCUUUUCAGAUUCUACAUAUAUAUAUAUAGUAGAGUAUUAUAUACGACCGCUUUUCGCGAAAGGCCACCCAUUUUCAGUUUCAGGUAUUUCGAUUUCGAUCCCAUUUCCAAAUAUCGAAGCCUCGCAGCGCACCCAACUUUGCCUAGGGUUUCUGGAAAUCAUGUCGACCGCGGAUUCUGGAGCGAGGUUGAUCGUCCUCAAGAGUUCUGAUGGCGAGACAUUCGAGGUUGAGGAGGCUGUUGCCCUUGAA